AAAAUUUCAUUCUUUCUUCAUUUCCACGAGGCUUUGAUAUCCCUGCUUGGAAAUUAAUUCGCUUGUGGAUAGCCGAGGGCUUAAUAAAGUCCAAACCGGCGUUCACUCUUGAAGAGACAGCACAGUACUAUUUGAACGGCCUUGUCAGCAGAAAUUUGGUGAUGGUGAUUUCAAAAAAGCCCGAUGGUCAAAUAAAAAGAUGUCGUGCUCAGAACAUGUUGCACGAGUUCUGCAAACUAGAGGCUAGUAGAAAAUGGUUUUUCCAAGAAAUAAGUUCAGCUGAUCUUGAUCAGGCUAUUGUUUCUAUACAUGAUCCAAGUACUUCUCGUCGAUUGUGUAUUAAAUCCUCUCCUCUUCAUGAUUUUCUAUCCACAACGCCGUUUGCAGAGCAUGUGAGAUCUUUUUACUGCUUCUCCACAAGACAGAUCGAGUUGCCUCCUAGUAACAUUAAAUCUCUCUGCAAAGCGUUUCCAUUGAUCAGGGUCUUGGACAUUGAAUCCCUGAAAUUUGUGUUCUCCAAGGAAUUUAACCAACUGUUUCAUUUGAGGUAUAUCGCUUUUUCAGGUGACUUUGUGGUGCUUCCUCUGGCCUUUGGUAAAUUUUGGAACAUACAAACCCUUAUACUAAAUACAUCGGCUUCAACUCUUGAAAUAAAAGCUGACAUAUGGAACAUGUUAAGAUUGAGGCAUGUACACACCAACAUUCCUGCAAAACUGCCGUCCCCUUCUACCUCAUCAGGUAAAGCUUCUGGCCUUCAAACUCUGUCUCAGGUUGCACUGGAGAGUUGCAAGAAAGACGUCCUUGCCAAAGCUUGUAAUCUCAAAAAGUUGAGCAUUCGAGGGCCAAUGAUGGCUUUCCUUGAAACCAACAAUGGUGGACACAUCAAUCUUGAAGAACUGAAGUACCUGGAAGAACUGAAACUUUUGAAUGAUGUUCUUUAUGGGAGUAAAGUGCUUCACCUUCCUCCAUCAUUCGUCAGGAUUCUACGCACGGUGAAGAAGUUAACUUUGUCUAAGACAAUGUUUGAUUGGGACGAGGCAAAUAGUUUGGGGAAUCUAGAAUCCCUCGAGGUCCUGAAACUGAAAGAAAAUGCAUUCACGGGAAAGUCAUGGAACCCGGAGAUAGGAGGUUUCCUUCAACUCCAGGUCUUGUGGAUUGAAGGGGCACCCGACUUGGAAACUUGGGAAGCUUCAAAAGCUCAUUUCCCAAGACUUAGGCACCUCGUUCUUAAAUCUUGCGAAAAUCUUGAGGCUGUGCCAUUUGAGUUGGCUGAUGUAUGUAGCCUUCAAGAGAUGAGGCUGGAGAACACAAGCAAAGCGGCCAAAUAUGCAAAAGAAAUAGAGAUCAAUAAACUGGAAAGCGACAUCAAAUUCAAGCUCACCAUACUCCCUCCUGAAACUGAUUAGAAGGCUGAGGCCCACAAAGCAGAAAGGUCAGU